UGCUUUUGCUGAGGCUUCUAUGAACAUUGCCUAUGAGAAGAAGUGGCCACUUUAUCUUAGCACAAAGAACACUAUUUUGAAGAAGUAUGAUGGAAGAUUCAAGGACAUAUUUCAAGAAGUUUAUGAGGUCAAUUGGAAAUCGAAGUUUGAGGCUGCUGGCAUAUGGUAUGAGCACCGACUCAUUGAUGAUAUGGUGGCUUAUGCUUUCAAGAGUGUAGGAGGUUAUGUAUGGGCAUGCAAGAACAAUGAUGAUGAUGUCCAGAGUGAUUUCUUAGCCCAAGGUUUGUGUAACAAGGAAUUUCUAUUGAUGUCUAUUUGCUCAUCUCAGUCCUGA